AUGCUCUCCCUCAUCGACUCACCAAACUCUCCUAUACGUUUCCUCAUCCUCGACUGCCCCACUGAGAGUACGCUCGGGUACUAUAUAGACGAGUUUGUCCAGCUCAGUGUCGCCACAGUCGUUAGGUGCUGUCAACCUACCUACAGUAUAAGUAGACUACAGGAGCACGACAUCCAAGUGAUAGAUCUACCAUUCAAAGAUGGAGGAGUUCCACCACCACAAGUAGUGCGUGAAUGGCUCGCUCUUGUAGAACAAGCAAGAGACCAAGAGGACCAACAGACCAUCGCCGUCCAUUGUGUGGCUGGACUAGGACGAGCACCCGUCCUGGUGGCCAUUGCAUUGAUAGAAAUGGGCGUCAAGCCAUUAGAUGCCAUUGAAUUCAUUCGAACCAAGAGACGCGGUGCCUUUAACAAACCUCAGAUUGCCUAUCUUGAUACAUACAAACGCACAAUGAAACCAAGAUCAUCUGGAUCACACUAUUCACUCCGGUCUUCGCUCGAACGGAUGUUCAAGUUUGGAGGCACCAAGGCUGUCACACCUGUCUCACAGCAUAUCUGACUUCUUAUAUACACACAUCUAUACAUCUAUACAUCUAUACUUGUGUACACGAAUCUAUACAUACAUACGUACAUACAUACAUACAUACAUGCAUACAUACACAUGUAUACAUAUAUUAACAAGAAUAUUAAAGCCAACAACUAUCUUCUUCCU